UUAAUGCCUGGAGAAAACGGUUUUCUCUGAGCCAAAGUCGGCCUCCCGCCUGCGUCCCCGCCGCCCCACUGGUCGGAGCCCAGACGUCGAGGCCAGUCACCACCUCCUCCACCUCCUCCUCCUCCAGCCAGGCGGACCGCGCCAGUCCACUUCUGUGGGGGCGACACCCAGCCCGCAGGCCACACGCCCCGCGUGUGUGGCGCCUUUAUUUACUUCGCUCGAGAGCCACCAGCGCCCCUCCUGACUCGUCCGGAGAGCAUUUCGGCGACGCGAUGUGGGGGACGCCGGUCUGGACGCUCGUGGUCGGCUUCCUGCUGGCACUGGCGCCGGGCCGCGCGGCGGGCGCGCCGAGGACAGGGAGGCGCCCCGCGCGGCCGCGGGACUGCGCGGACCGGCCGGAGGAGCUCCUGGAGCAGCUGUACGGGCGGCUGGCGGUCGGCGUGCUCAGCGCCUUCCACCACACGCUGCAGCUCGGGCCGCGCGAGCAGGCGCGCAACGCCAGCUGCCCCGCGGGGGGCAGGCCCGCCGACCGCCGCUUCCGGCCGCCCACCAACCUGCGCAGCGUCUCGCCCUGGGCGUACAGGAUUUCUUACGACCCUGCUCGCUUCCCGAGGUACCUGCCUGAGGCCUACUGCCUGUGCCGCGGCUGCCUGACCGGGCUCUUCGGUGAGGAGGACUUCCGCUUCCGCAGUGCACCUGUCUACUCCCCUGCCGUAGUGCUGCGCCGCACUACGGCCUGCGCCGGCGGCCGCUCAGUCUACGCCGAACACUAUGUCACCAUCCCAGUGGGCUGCACCUGCGUGCCUGAGCCCGACAAGGCCUCGGACAGCGCCAACUCCAGCAUGGACAAGCCAGGAGCCAAGCUGCUGCUCGGGCCCAACGACAGGCCAGCGGGGCGCUGAUGCCUGACUGGCACCACCCAGCUUCCUGCGCGCAUCUGCUCCCCCAGCCCCACCCCCCCAGCCCUGCCGCUGCCCACUUCUUCCUAAGGGACAGCUACAUAAGCUUUAAAUAUAUUUGUAUUUUUUCAAAGUAGGCACUACAUACCUAAGGCUAUUUUAAACAGAGACAGAAACUAUUUUCAUAUUAGUAAUUUAGAGCAAGCGUAUUAUUUUUAAAACUUCCUUGACAUACAAGCGAAUUAUAAACAUCCGUUUUCCUCUAACAGGAUUCUUGCGCCCGUAAUUGUGGUGUGCAGAUGAACUUCUGUUAGCUUGAUGCUGUGCCCUGUCUCUGAGUUCAGCCUGUUGCCAAGCUCACCAAGGUGAAAUGGGUGCUGCAAAUCUGUGCCCUGAAGUCCUCUCAGGUCAACAGAGAGGGAUUUGAGGGGCCUCCGGGUUCCAGAAACCAAACUCUCUUUUGUUCUUAGCAUAUGGAUGGUCUCCACUUUGUGACAGUUUGCUUUGGUGUUAUUCUUCCUCUUUUGGAAGCCACUGGUCUCAAUGUAUGGCCAGAGGUGGAAUGUGACAUCGUAGCCAGUUCUCAGGGAGCUCCAAGCACACACGGGCUUAGUUUUACUUAGUUUUACUAGCUUUUGGAUCCAGCCAAACCUGAGGAGGAAGAGGGAGUGCCCAGUCUCCAGUGUGUGGAGCUAAAUCCUUACUCUCGUGUAUGUGGGAAGCCUCCCCUGAGCAUAUUUGUAGAAGUUCUUUCUAAAUCACUAAAACAGUGGUAGCUGAAGGGUAUGGUGGCCAUGUGCAUUUCAUUUCUUUCCACAUUUUCUUAGGUGAACUUGUUUGGAGUGUUGGAAGCCCAAACCUUUGGACAUUCAAAGUAGGAUCUCUCACGCCCUCUCCUGACUCACUUUCAGAAAAAAAAAUGUCCUUAUGUCACUGGGGAUGUGCCCAGUGGAACCCAUCUCCUGCACUUACCCCUACAUCAGUUUUGCCUGUCACAUGCUUCUUGGUGCCACUAUCUGGCAAACCAACCAAGGACCCAAAACAGUGAGUACACACACUUAAGUUGGAACCUUCAGAACCGGGAGCCCAGGGACAUGUUUUCCCAGAUCAUCUCAGGCACUGUGCUAUAGCAAUAGGAAGCUAACACAGUGUCUUUGGAGUGCAUGCUCGGCUCCUGUCAUCAAGCUCCUGGGCAACAGCUGUGGGCAAGACACAAUUGCUUUCUUAAACUAAGACAAGAGCACCUUUAAUGCCAGCACUCGGCAGGCAGAGGCAGGCCUGUGAGCUCAAGACCAGCCUAGUCUACAAAGAGUUCCAGGACUAUUACACAGAGAAACCCUGUCUGGAUUACCACCCUACCCCACCUCACCCCCACCCCGGCAAAAAAAAAAGCCAAUAGGGGAUUUACAUCAGCUGGAGUCCUGUAUUCCACUUUUUGGCACCUCACACAGUGGACACGGCUGCACAGGUCUGCCUGGGCGGUUUGUUCCUAGGCUUUGCGGUAGAGCAGGUCCUGAUACUGUAAACACCAUUCCUGCUUCCUCCACCCCCAGAAAAGUUUCUUGGUGCAUGUUUCCAACGAAGAAAUUCUGUAAUGGGGACUCUGGGCAUUGCUUGGCAUGGAGGUAUUUAUUCUGUAGGUUACCUAAGAUCUUUUUAGAAUCACCUGGUGGGGGAGUAGUUUGCCUUGCCCUUUGUGUCAGUUACGGUCAACAGAGAUCCAAAAUUAUUAAAUGAAAAACUCCAGAACUAAUUCUUAAGGUUUAACUUCUUUUUUCCAAGACAGGUUUCUCUGUGUAGCCCUGACUGCAAUGGAGCUCACUCUGUGUACCAGGUUGGCCUCGAACUCACAGAGAUGCACCCGCCUCUGCCUCCUGAGCGCUGCCUGGCUACCCAUCAUUCUACACACGGUUGAAAGCUUGACAUUCUGCUUCUUGCUGGAAUGGAGUUAUCCAUCUGCCCAGUGUUUCCGUUUUGUAUCUGCUACCUGCCUGUGAGCCACUUCGUGAUAAAAGAUCUUGUCUUCUCAGGCCACCUGUCACAAUGUCACGGUACUUAUAUUGCAGUGACUUUAUUUAACAAUGGCCCUGAAACCAGUGUGGUGGCAUGUACAGCUGUAAUUCCACCAUGCAUCAGGCUAAAGGCAGGAGGAUGGCUGUGAGUUUGAGGCUAGUUUGGGCUAUAGAGAACUGUCUCAAAAGUCUGGAGGAAAAAUGCUUUGAAGUCAGUGUGGUGGCACACCCUCCAGUCACAGCUACUUAGGAAACUGAGGCAGGAGGAUCAUUUUAGUAUAGUUAAUAGGCAAAAUAAAGAGACCCUUGUGAAGAGAAGCCUUUUCCUUGCUAGCCGCUUUGGUUUUUCCCCACCAGUCGCCUGGGCUCUGCCACGUUGCAGUCGCCAAAUAAACACACAGGACACUGUAUUAAUUAUGAA